AUGGCCGUCUCACCCGCCUACGGCACCGUGUCGGGCUAUCUCACGCCCAAGUCGGACGCCGACACGCUCGACAUGUGGCAACCCACCGACGAGACGGAGCAGGCCUACGAGGACCACAUCAACGCCCACCCCUUUGUGCGAGCCCUCCGCGCCGACCCAGCCUUCACCGAGUCCCGCCCCCACCUCAAGAUCCCGCCCGCGUGGCGCGCCCACAACCUGACAGCCGGCACGCUCAUGGGGCCCGGCCGCGUGCCGUUCCCGCCGCUGGCGUGGAUCGACGAGUCGGGCUGGCGCAAGGAGUACGUGCAGAUCUCGUACGUGGGGUCUGAGCUGUGCGGGCACCCGGGCAUCGUGCACGGCGGGUACCUGGCGACGGUGCUGGACGAAGGGCUGGCGAGGUCGGCCUUUGCCGCGCUGCCGCACAGGGUGGCCGUCACCGCCAACCUGAACAUCAACUACAAGUCGCCCUGCACGGCCGGCCAGUAUAUCGUGCUGCGAGGCCAGGUGACCAAGGCGGAGGGGAGAAAGGUGUGGGUGGAGGGGCGCAUCGAGACGCUGCCCGCGGGGGAUGAGAGGCCUGUCGUGCUGGCGGAUGCUACGGCUUUGUAUAUUGAGCCAAAACAGGCUGCGGUAAGUUGUUUCCCACACACAUACUUGGGUGAUACGUUUUAUGGUGACGAGACUGAGACAUGA